CUGAGAUGUACUAAAACUAAAAGUAUGGCUAACUUCUAAACUGUUAAGGCAUAGUGAGGCUUAAUAGUGGUACUGCUUUUCGUUGAGUAGAAAGACAUGUAGAACAUACUAUUGAGAAUUUUAUCAAGUGGGCUCGAAUCUGUUUCUAACACAGGUGCAGAGGCAUAUCCUUCUUCAGUCUAUAGCAUGAACACUCAUCAAGAAACACUUCGUAAGGACCUUGGUCAUCUUAGCAUUACUAAUUUCACUCCCCAACAGUACUCGACUACAAGAGGUAAGAAAAUUGCCCCAGUUGUUCCUCCAAAACCAAAGAAAAAGAUGGUAGCUUCAAAAUCCCCAGAUAGAAAUAUCCAACAGAAUGUAUAUCCUGAAUUGGCUGAAGAAAUUAACCAAAAUAAUGCACAAAUUAAAAACAAAGUUGUGGAGGAAAAACAUUAUGAACUAGUUAGAGACCCCAACUAUUCUAUAUUACAAGAGACAAAAAGUCCAUUGGUUCAGGAUUCCAAGUAUUCCCGUGCCCAAGAAAAAAGUUAUCCAUUUGAUGCAAAACUAACAUAUCUAAAUACACAGAAGAAUAAUUACCCAUUGAUUCAAGAAUCCAGUUGUCCAGAAUCGCAAGCAACUAUCUACUGUGUAAUUCCAGAUGUUAAGUAUCCAAGUGCACAAAAUAUGGAUUACCUUUUGGCUACAAAGAAUAUAUAUCAAAACAUGCAAGAAAAAAAUUACCUAUCAAUUCAAGACCCUAAUUAUUCAGGAUUGCAAGAAGAAAACUUCCCAGUGGCUCAGAAAGUCAAAUUUUCAAGUCCACAGGAGCAGUGUUGCUCAUUAAAUGAAGAAACCAUGUAUACUGGUAGUACACAUAAGAUGAAUCACCCAGCCAGUCAGGAAGACACACAUUCUGAUGCACAUAAGAUUAGUUAUCCAUUGAUCCAAGAAUCUAAAUUGUUGGGAAUACAAAAGGAAAGCUACCCAUUCCUUCAGGGUCUCAACCACGUAACUCUACAAUCUAAAUGUUAUCAAUCGAACCAAGUACCCAUAUAUUCAAGCAACACACAACAGAAGACCUUCCCAGAAUUUAUUGACACUAAAUAUCCUGCAAUGCAAGGUGAAAAAUACCUAUCGAACUUAGAGCUUAAGUCUUCCUGCAGUGCAAAAGAAACUAGUAACUCUCUUGAUUUUGACAAUAAAUAUUUUGGAAUACAGGAGCAAAGUUACUCAUUGAACCAAUUUCCUAAGUACACUUGCUUUACACAAGAGGCUAAGUAUCCUAUUGUGCAUCCAUCUGUUCGAGAGUCCACAUAUCCAGAUAUACAUGAACAAAAUUUAACACCAAUUCAGGGAAAUAAAUGCCAAGAUACACAAGAGAAAAUUUAUCCACCAGUUCAGGAGUUCAAACAUCAGAAGAGUUAUUCAUCAACGAAGGAAAUCAAAUAUUCAGUUGUGCCAGAAAGUCUGUAUACAUCAUCACUGCAGAGAAAUAAAAAUGCAGAAACUGCAGGAAGUUGUCACCAAAUGCUAACAUCAGCAAAAGGUAAGAUAAAAUUUAUAAAAUAUUUAUACAUAUUACUUCUCCUUUCUCAAUAUUUCUUGCUCACUUAA